UACGCGCGUUCGCUACGAGUCGCUACGUCGUAGUCAACUCGUCUGUCCGAGAAUUAUUACGCGCCGAUUCGACUACGACACGUUCAAAUUCGUGACUGGUAUUUGUGUGCGUGAUGUGUAUUUAACAGUGUGGAAUAUCUCGUAAGACAAAACAGAUAAGAAGUCUAAAAGGGGAGCACCUGUGAAUGGAAACUUUAUUAAAACAGUUUUGCGAAAGACAAAAGUUUGUUUAAAUAAAGUGCUGAACAAAACAAGAAUGCGAGGCGCAGGUGGAUAGCAUGACAGCUUUCGCCACCGCGGCCUGAUGGCGCUAAUGCGCCGAAUACUAGGCGACGCCCAGGCGAAACUUCGAAAAAUGGUCGACGAACAAGUGUCGGUGGGGACAAGGGUUGAUACUGAGGCGGAGCCGGAACCCGCUGAUCCUCUCAUCACUCCAGCAUGUUCAGUUCUCGAUAGGUCGGACUUGGAUAGACCAGUGCCUCCCGAAAGACGACUGCUUAUUAGCACACUCGACAAACCAAGGAACGGAUCUCUGAACGGGGACCAAGCCACCCUUAAUAGAUCAACUAGACUAUCCAUUAGAAACGGAAAAGAUAACCCAUUUAUAGUUUCUUCUCCAGAUGAUGACAAUAAAGAAAAUCAUACGAAUGGUAAACUCGAUUCUCCAAUGAAAUGGUCGAUUCAAAAUGGUAGUGACAGCGGCACAUAUGCCGAAAUAGGGAAUAGUAAUACAAGCGAUAAGAACCCAUUGGAUCCAGCUGAUAGUUCGGAAGAGGAGGUUCCAUUGCCUGAUGCAACGUCACCGGGUCGGAGUAGUGAUGGACCGGAACCUAGAGCUGAUAUUACGGCUACACUUGAUGGAGAUGCGGCGUCUCCAGGCGGUCGGUCGGACCGAUCGCGUCAGGAAGAUGUUCCCGCAUCCCCCGGGAUGCUCUCUGCCGCUCAAAUGGCUCGACGGCUGCGAUCUGAGAACGAACGGCUACAGGCGGAGUUAACCCGGGUUCGACGAUUGCUCGUAGCGGCUGUGGAGAGGGGGGAAGUGGGAAACGCCUUGAUCGAAAGGGCCCAGGGGGAGGAAGAGGAAAGUCCGCCGCUCGACCCGCAGCAGAUGGAGAAAGAGUUGCUGUUGGCGAGGGAAGCUGUUAGCUCUCUCAAGGCUGAUAAGAAGAGGCUUAAAGCUGAGAAAUUCGAUUUACUCAACCAAAUGAAGCAGCUUUACGCGACUCUUGAGGACAAAGAGAAGGAGCUCCGGGACUUCAUUAGAAAUUAUGAACAGAUGCGGUCAAGAAGCGGCGCGUCCUCGGCGUUGGGAGCGGAGCGUGCAGAGCGGGAACGCGAGCGCGCUGCUCUUUUGCGUCACGCCAGAGAUGAAGCAGAGAGGUCCUUGCAAUUGGCCGCGGCAUUAAGUGCCCGGGAUACGCAGCUACGACAUGCAAGGGAACAAUUGUAUGAAGCACGUAGACAACUCCAGGCAGCUGGAUGUCUUUCGGAGGGAGAGAGUGUGGCGUCAUUAGGAAUCGGUCCACCCAUGAUCCUCGGUGGUCCUUCAGGUCUACUUGGAGACAGGGGCAGCUGCAGCGCUGAUUCAGGUGUUAGAGUGACAGGUAGCAGCGAUGGGGGUGCCACAUCGGUGUGUGGAGGAAACCUCUCUGAUUCUACGGCAGAGGGCGCUCCACUGAAUAUAGACCCCUACGACACAGAUGCAGUGUCACUCGUGUCGUCUGCGCAUCCUAUAUAUCAAUUGGGUACGCCACGUGACUGCAGUCCUACACUAUCUCCGCACAAUAGCGCUUCGCCUUUCAGUCGCUCGGUCGACGCGGGCUCGCUCUCCAGGUCUGUGGAACAGCUCUCGAGUCCAGGGGAGUGUGAAUCAGCUCUUUUGGGAGGGAUGCGGCCACGUGGAAGUGCCAGCAAAUCGGGAAGAGGCCGAGGUUCCGCGUGGGGCUCCAUAUCACGAGUCUUCGCGAGAAGCAGACAUCGCACCAAGUCAGGCAGCGCGGCUUCUAGUGGACAUGAAAGUGAACCAGUGUAUGCCAGCGGCAGUGCCCGGGCUUGGUCACCUUUGGGAAGUGAGGCGGCUUUGCGUGAGGCAGCGUCUCUGCCUUUGUCGCGAUGGCGAGCACCGGCCAUCAUUGCGUGGCUUGAACUAGCCCUGGGAAUGCCACAGUAUGCAGCUACCAUCGCCGACAACGUCAAGAGUGGAAAGAUCCGUGCUUUGAAUGGGCAGGUUUUGCUAGAGCUGACAGACACGGACCUUGAGGUCGGCUUGGGGAUUACUCAGCCGAUGCACAGGAAGAAGCUGCGGCUGGCCAUCGAGGAGCGGCGACGGCCAGACCUCGUGCGGAACCCCAGCAUUGGGCAGCUCUCGCACGCCUGGGUCGCAGCGGAGUGGCUGCCUGACCUCGGAUUGUCGCAGUACGCCGAGUCAUUUUUGGCGAAUUUGGUGGACGCUCGAAUGCUCGACACAAUCAGCAAAAAGGAAUUGGAGAAGUAUUUAGGUGUGACAAGGAAAUUCCAUCAAGCCUCAAUCGUCCACGGGAUCCAUUUGCUCAGAAUUAUGAAGUACGAUCGUCAGGCUUUAGCUGUUCGUCGUCAUCAAUGUGAAAAUGUUGACGCUGAUCCAUUAGUGUGGACCAACCAGCGCUUUAUUCGCUGGGCGCACAACAUUGACUUGGGUGAAUUUGCUGACAAUCUCAAAGACAGUGGAGUUCAUGGAGGAUUAGUCGUACUGGAACCGUCAUUCACUGGAGAAACGAUGGCCACGGCCCUGGGGAUUCCGCCUUCGAAAAGUAUAAUUCGAAGACAUCUGGUGGCUGAGUUCGACGCUCUCAUCAUCCCCGCAAGGUGGAAGAACUGCAAGUGGAGGCUGCCCGAGCAUCCAUGUUGUCCACGAAACAAAGAUAAACAUAGAAAAGUUAAAAAGCUCUCGUUUAAAAAGAACGCGUUCGGCCAUCAAAUAAGAAUGUUAGGUAGACCUUUCUCGAGAUCAGUGGCCACUGGUUUGCCUGGAAUAGAUUUCAAUGCUGACUCAAGACGACAUAGCUUACGGGGCUCAAUCACACGCGCCCUAGGAGCGUUAAAGGCUAAACACGAUCGACAGUCGCCAUCGAGUUCCAGUGAAAGCUCUAGUCUGGGCCAGUACCAGAUGUGCUACUCCCCACCGAUAGGGGGUAGAACUCUCUCGCAAUUAAGUAUGACCUAUGCUCCACCGCCUACGGUGCAGGAAUACGAGCCCAUAUACACACCGCUUAGCCUUUACUCACAGUCUAGCGUGUCUACAAGAGACAGUUUGCAGAGGUUGAACGAGAUUAAGGAAGGGAUUACGCACAGGUACGGCCAAAGGGUGGAUCAUUCACACAGGGUGAGUUCUCCGCUGCCCUCCAAAUCAGUGGACGAUUCGGUCGUGAGGCAAAGGAGGCACAGACGGGUCAAAAGUAUCGGCGACAUCAACGCCUGCAGUAAAGCCUCCGUUUAACUUCCCGUAUUGCCUUUAUCUAACAUAUCUAAACUCAAAUGUGCUUCAUGGCAAAGUCCUCCUUAGCUUAUUAGGAAAAUAGAUACAGCAAGCUUACCACUUCGUUAUCAACUUCGUUAACAACUAUCACUUGGCGUUAUCAACGCUUUACCAGAUAAUUGGUAACCUUAAUGACCAAAUCUAAAGACGAAAGUCUAUUUCGAUAAGGCACACAAAACUUGUAGCGUUGAUUUCACUUACUUAGAAUUUAGUAAUAUGAAAACUCAAAAUUGAAGUCGAAAUCGCCUUCGAAGUUAUGUAGUAAACAGCUUGCUUGAAGGCUAAUUCGUAAAAAAAUAUUUACACUGUUUUAAUCAAUCGUCUCUUUGAUUGACUUAAAACUAUUGACAUCGUAUUGAUGAAAACGUGUAAGAAUUUAUCUAUUCAAGGAAAUUACUACAUUAGAUGAAAUAUUCACACACUCAACAGAUGAAACAACAAUGGUAAUCCAAUCAGGACCAAUGUUUUAAAGUUCAAUAAAUAAUUAUUGCUAGUUUAAAUGUUAAAUAAGGGCUAAUACUAAAUUACCUACAUAUUACUCAGCAUAUCCUAUACUAAUUUUAAUUAUGGACUGACUAUAUCAAUUGUCUUAUGACUCAGCAUUUAAAGACUUAUUUUGUACUGAUUUAUCACUAUACUGCAAUGACAUUUUACUUAAGACCCUGGUACAAAAGAUAGUUUACGAACGUCACGACUCCUACGCAAAUAUAAUAUUUUUAGUUUGCAUUUCUGUUUAUCUAAUUUGCAUUAUUUCAAUGUUGAUGACUCAUGUAUUAUCGUCUCGAUGAAGCCAGAAUCUUUUGUAUAUGUCGUUGUACUAAGUUUUUAUUGCUAUACUGUGAUAAAAACUCACAAAUCAGUUUUAAUCAAAUUACUAAUUAGUCAAUUUUUGUAUAUUAAGUAAUUUAUUGACUUGAAGCGAGCUUUACACUUUUCGUUUUUGUUAUUAUUUUUUUAUUUUGUAUUAACUUAUUAAGAGUGAUAUGC